AGCCCAUCCUGCUGUGGCUGCUGCCCAAAGGCUGAGGCGGGGAUUAGUCAUAUGCUGUCCUCCUGAUGCUGCUGACGUGGUGCCAGGGACGAAAUUCGCAUCCCUGAGGAAAUGAUGAUAGGCAAAGCCGGACUGAUUGGAUGGUGGGAAUCAGCGCUUGCCUCUGCUUGAGAGGAGCUGGCCAGAGAGGGAGGCAGGAGGCAGGAGGCAGGUUCAGGAGCAAAAAUGAGUCUGAUGCAAAGGUAGAGUGCUGCUUCUGAGCGAGCUGCCUGUAGUGCCUUCUCCUGCCUGCUUUACCAGUCCUUUUCUCUCCCUUUCUGUGUGAAAAGGCUGAGUUGCUUCAGCACAGCUCCUUUCCUGCCUCCUACUUAGCUGUCUCUUUCAUGGGCACAUAGCUCUUCCUCAGCAAGAGAAUUGCCUACAAAACUGCUCCUGGAGAAGAUGAGCAUGGCUAAGAGAGCCAGAAGGGGCAAAGCAGGAGCCUCCAUGUGCCUGGCAUGGGUCUUCUUCUCCCUGGCUGUGGCCUCCCUCCCUCCAGGAGUGAAUGGCCGAGAAGGCAGCGCAGACUGGACUCAGGAAAAGUACUCCCACCGGCCAACCAUUUUAAACGUGACACGCAUUGAACAAGUUGCUUUGCAUACAGAUGUCAAUCGAAUGUGGCAGAAUGAUCUGCAUCCAAUUCUGAUUGAGAGGUACCCAGGAUCACCAGGGAGUUAUGCAGUACGCCAGCAUAUCAAGCACCGCUUGCAAGGACUGCGGUCUGGCUGGGUUGUCGAAGAGGACACAUUUCAGAGCCACACUCCCUAUGGCUACCGUACCUUUUCAAACAUAAUCAGCACCCUCAAUCCUUCUGCCAAACGCCAUUUGGUGCUUGCUUGCCAUCACGAUUCAAAAUAUUUCCCACCUCAAUUGGAUGGAGAAGUCUUUGUGGGAGCCACUGAUUCGGCCGUUCCUUGUGCCAUGUUACUAGAACUGGCCCGCGCUCUGGACACACAGCUUCAUUCACUGAAGCAGGCCAACCUGAGUGCCAGGGCAGAUCUCUCCUUGAAGCUCAUUUUCUUUGAUGGUGAAGAAGCCUUUGUUCGCUGGACCCCUUCUGAUUCAUUGUAUGGCUCACGGUCCUUGGCCCAGAAAAUGGCAGCUACCCCACAUCCACCGGAUUCCACAAAUACAAAUGAGAUCCAGGGCAUUGAUCUUUUUGUGUUACUGGAUUUAAUUGGUGCUCGGAACCCAAUUUUUCCCAUUUACUUCCUCAACACGGCUCGGUGGUUUGCUCGACUUGAGGCAAUUGAACGAAAGCUUCAUGAUUUGGGUUUGCUGAGAAAUUACCCUGCUGAAAGGCACUAUUUCAGAAGUGACUUGAGAAGACAUCCUGUUGAAGAUGACCAUGCUCCAUUUCUAAGAAGAGGAGUUCCUAUCCUCCACUUGAUACCGUCUCCUUUCCCAAGAGUGUGGCAUACUAUGCAGGACACAGAAGAACACCUUGACAAGCCCACCGUUGACAAUCUCAACAAAAUUUUGCAAGUGUUUGUGCUGGAAUAUCUCCACCUGUGAUAGCAAGUUUUAGUAGCCACUCACCUGCUCCUCUGUUUUAAAAUGUUACCAUCAGUACCUCCUUGCAUAUUUCUAAAAAUACACUUGUGGAUGCUAUAGGAAUACAGGAUCCUGCCUUAUAUCAAGUCAGAUCUUUUGUCCAUUUCCUGCACUACUAUUCACACUGACUGGCAGCUCCUUUCCAGUUUCAAUGAGGAGUCUCUCCGUGCUCAAAUUUGAGCCUUGGGUCUUGUGUGCAAAACAAAUACUCAACCAAUGUGCAUGAAAGAGAAGUUAGUCCCUUGGGCUUUAAUAUAGAUCAGGCAUGGGCAAACUUCAGUCCUCCAGGUGUUUUGGACUUCUACCCCAAUUCGUAACAGACUACCGGCUGUUAAGACAUGUUGUGGGAGUUGAAGUCCAAAACACCCAGAGGGCUGGAGUUUGCCCAUGCCUGGUAUAGAUGGUUGUAAAUUUCCUCUUCUGAUGACAACCAAGGAGAGAUGUAAGCCCUCUGUAGCAAGUGGAAUGAAUGCAAGCACAUUUAUAUUCAACUCUUUAUAAAAAGGAAAAUAAAUUUAGUAGGAAGAAAAUGUAAAGCACAGUCAAUUAUCUUUAAUUGCAGAAACAGUACAGGAGCAAUUAUGAAUCUCAACCAGUAGAGACCCACUAAAUCAUCAGGAACUUAGUGAGUCAAUAUUUAUGUAAAUUCCCUUGAUUCAAUAGAUUACUGUAUUGAGGACCGUCAAUCAAAUUUAGUUUUAGUUUGGGUAUGCUAAAUUCUUGGAUUUCACUAUCAUACACUAUGAUAUUCAAUAUUUCAUAAUGGUGACCACAAAUUCUAAAGAACCAAGUGCCAUUUUCUUAAAAAUCCAGGGAUGAAAAUGUUGAACGGUGUUGCAGCAUCACUGGUGAAGACAGGUGGUUUAGAGAAACCCACCCUUGUGAUUAAUUUCCUGUAAUAGUCUAUUAUCCAUUUGGGUCCUAACAGUGUGCAGUUCCAAAGGAUAUUUUCAUUGCCUGGGGUUUUUUUUAAUCGUGUCAGAAGUAACUUGCAAGUAGCUUCUGGUGAGACAGAAUUGGCUGUCUGCAGAGACAUUGCCUAGGGGAAGUCUGGAUGUGUUACCAUCCUGUGGGAGGCUUCUCUCAUGUCUCCGCAUGAGAAGCUGGAGCUGACAGAUGGGAGCUCACCCCAUCUUGCGGAUUCAAACUGCUGACCUUCUAGUCAGCAGUUCAGCUGGCACAAGGGUUUAGCCCAUUGUGGCAAUGUGGCUCCUUCAUUGCCUGUGACACAGCAAGAUUGCAAAAAUGAAAUAAAUUAUUUACCAGGUUUCAACAAUGAACAAAGCAAAAAAAAAACUAUCAGCCCCAAAUUAAAUUAUAAUAUUAAACCUCCCUGGUUUAAAAUACUAUAUGCUGAGAAGACAUCUCAGAUAAGAGUGCAAUCACUUUAGGCAAUUUUGCAACAGUGCGUUGUAAACUUAAAGGUGAAUCAAAGACAAGCAAAUCCAUCAACCAGAGAAUAUAUAAACUCGCUCUGACUUUUAAAACACUCAUAUUUUAAGGCUGUUUUCUGCAUUCUUUAACAUCCAUAUUCUAAAUUCAUGCAAUAUUGUCUUGCUAAUUUCAUACAAUCUCAGAAGCUUGCACUAAGGAAUGGCUUGCAUGCCAUAGCUACGAGUAGACAAUCUGUGACCAUGCAAAUGUUUUAUGGACUGCAGCUCCCAUAUGAUGGUAAAGGUUGAUGGGAAGUUGCAUUUCAAUAUUUGAAGGGUCACAUAUCACCCACAUCUGCCAUGAAUUAUAUAUGUCCUUUUAGAUGUUUAUAACACUGUCUUUUAUAGUAUGUGAUAAGUGUACAGAUAUACCCACACAGCAGAGGUGGGUCUUUAAUAUACCCUUUAAUAUACUCUCAAAUAGGAGGGUAGGUUUUUUAAAGGCAAACAUUUUGGUUUUUUGACAUCAAUUGUGUGUUGCCAUGGUUAGUCUUCCUGAUUGGCAUUAACCUCCUAUGUUUUAGGGAGGUGGUAUCAGAUUGGCAAAACUGGCUAUUCUAGACCUCAGAGUUCCUUUGGCUCAAGCAAUGCUAAGAUUACACAGAAAGCUAUUGGUCCAUUUAGUCCAGAACUGACUCUUAACAGCAUUCUCAAUUCCUUCUGAUAAAAAUGUCUCCAUGAGAGGUCGAAAUUGAACAGGUACAUUAACCUGGCAGGGAACUAUAGCUCUGACUUAAAACUGAAUGCUGUUAUUAUUAUUUAUUUAUAUUCUGCCCUUCUCACCCCAAAGGGGAGUCAGGGCAGAUUACAGAACCCAUACACUGCAAACAUCCAAUGCUGUUAGACAUACAGGACAGACAGACAGGCAGAGGUAUGUGUUGGCUUCGGCAUCCUGGAGAUUAUGCCUGAUUCCGGCCACAGGGGGUGCUGUUGCUCCAUCCUCUAUGACAAGAAGCCUUAAGCAGUGCUUAAUUUCUCUACUCACAGCUCACAGCUGUUUUCGAAUAUUUAAGGUGGACAGAAAGCUAGGCUGAAGGUUGGGUGCUCAUCCCGACCUGGGCUCAAACUGCCAACCUUUCGGUUGGGAAAGAUCUAUUACUGCUGGUGAUUAACCAGCUGUGCUAAUCUGGCCCUGUGUUGGGUACAAAACUCAGUACAUUCCAAUACAAAACAAAUUUCCUGCCAGUUCAAAUGUCAAUAGCUUAGUGAACCCCUUUAAAUGGAAUGACAAGUGAAUGCAGCCUGCAUCAAUAUUCAGUAUCCACAGAUUCUACCAUCCACAGCUUGAAAAUAUUUUUAAAAAACAAGCCAAAGAACAAACCUUGAUUUUUGUCAUUUUAUAUAAAGGAUAUUUUAUUAUGCCUUUGUAUAUAAUGAGAACUGAGUAUAUAUAUAUAUACUGGUACUCAUGCAGGGUCCUAGAACGCAACCCCAGCAGAUACCAAGAGCCCACUAUACUUGAUUUUGUUUCUGUCUAAAUUGAAUUAAAGUACACUAAUCGUUCAAUAUAAAGAUGAAAGUGCAACCUAAAAGGUAAUAAAGAAGGCAUAGAAGGAGAAAUGUGCUUUACUUUUUGUGUGUGUAAAAUACCUCCAAAUGCAAUAUAUUAGGGAAGGAACAACACAUUAUGAAGAACCAUUUAGACUAUAGAAACUCUUCUGCAUCAGGAUAAAUUUAAGUAUAACAGCAGGAAUGUGCAAAAUACCAUUUUGGAUUGGUUGUUAGAGAAAAGCAGAAAGACUGCAGUAAGAUCUUGUAAGUUUUCUUUCCUUUCCUCGAAAUUAUUGGACUACAAUGCACAAUUACAAAACAAAAGAUUUAUAAGGCAAAAAUAACCCCUUACAGUAAUUUAUCAUCAUCAUCAUAAAUUUGGUUCGUAAAUCUCAUUCCUUACUAAAUGAUAAAAAUGCAACAACCUGUUUUUAAUCUUUCAAAGCAGAGUACCUUUCUUUGUGUUUACAUUUGGCUAGGCAGCUAUCUUGUGACCUUCACUGCACAAUAAAACCAUGGCUUGUUCCUGGAACCCA